UGCCAACUGCCAAAAAUAACAAAGAAGAAGAUCGCGCUGUUAGCUUUAUACUAUGCAGUGGUUAGCUCGAUGCUAGCAAAGUAACACUAAUGUUUGCUCCUAUUAUUGACUGGAGAUGGGCAAGAGAGACAAUCGAGUGGCAUACAUAAACCCCAUUGCGGCUGCUCGAGCCAGGGGGCCUGUCCAGAACUCCGGACCAACUAUACAGGAUUACCUAAGCCGACCUCGGCCAACAUGGGAGGAGCUGAAGGAGCAGCUGGAGAAGAAGAAAAAGGGAUCUCGAGCCCUGGCUGACUUUGAAGACAAAAUGAACGAGAGAUGGAGGAAAGAACUGGCUAAAAACAGAGAAAAACGGCUCGGGGACAAAGACCGGGACAAAAGGUCGACGGACAGAGAAGACAAGAAGGACAAAAAGGAGAAAAAGAAGAAGGAGAAGAAGAAGCCUAGCAGGCAUUCUUCAUCUUCCUCCUCCUCAUCGAGUUCUGAUUCCUCCAGCAGCUCUUCUUCGGAGUCCGAAGGCGAGGAUGAAAAGAAGAGUAUAAAGAAAAAACGGAAGCGGAAGAGAUCUUCGGCCAGGAGACCGUCGGACAGCUCAGACGAAGACUCGGACGCUGAAAGCAAGAAAAGGAAACGAAUCAGGGAAGACGGAGAGAAAGAAAAGGAUGAAAAGGAGCGGAAAAGGAAAAGGAAGGCCGAGAGGAACCACAAAGACUCCUCAUCAGAAUCCAGCGUUGACUCCGAUUGGGACGAGGCUGAACCCAAGAAGAAAAGGAGAAGUAGCGAGGAGAGGGAGAAAUGCACGGGGAAGUCCAAGAAGAAGAGGAAAAAGAAGCACAAGAAGCACGGCAGGAAAAAGAAAAAGAAGGCAACAUCUCAGUCGGACUCGGAGCUCGAUUAAAAAAAGAAAAUGUCUGGUGGCGGCGCUCCUGUUUUCCUCACGCCUCACCGUUGUCAUGUUGCCCUCGAUCAUGAAAGGUUUUCCUCGUCGUGCUGCAGCCCUCAGGAUGGAGCACUAGGACGUCAGGCGCAGUGCUCAGCUUCUGACAUGAGAGACAUGCCGGUACAUCCAUUUUUUUUCUUCCCCCAGAGACUGUUUAUUAUUUUUUUUUUGUGUAGAUUUUGAGUUGCUCCACAAAAAAAGGCCGAGGUGACUUUUUAUUUUUCAUUUUCAUCCCAUGCAUCUGGGAUUAGGUGGGUGUGCUUUUCUCCCACAUCAUACCUCACAUCUCCCGCCGCUCCACGAGGCUGUUCUGCCAGUGCCUGUGUCAUGCAUGUAGACCCUGAUGUCUCGCCAGCCUCACAUUGAAGUUGGAUCUGUUAAAGGUCGUUAGCCGCACAGGCGACAGUGACCUCAAGAGAUACUGGCUUUGUUCGUCGAGAUGUUACAUUGCAGUGUAAAUGUAUAAAUGACAAGAAUUCAAUUAAAAAAAAAAGUGUUGUUUUA